GAUGUGUCUGAACCGGCAGUGUCAGAACGUCAGUGUCUUUGGAGUGCAGGAGUGCUCAGAGAAAUGCAGCGGUCGAGGGGUGUGUAAUAACAACAAGAACUGCCACUGUGAGGCCCACUGGGCUCCUCCCUUCUGUGACAACGCAGGCUUCGGGGAAGUGUGGACAGUGGACCAAUGAGGCUAGCAGACUACGGUGGCGUGGCGGUGGGGGUCCUGUUGACGCUAAUAACCUUCCUGGGAGCCGGCCUCAUCGUCUCCAUCAAGAGAAAGACCCUCCUGAAACUACUCUUCACCAACAAGAAGAACCCUAUGGACAAGCUGAGGUCGGUGGGGCCUAACAGAUCCUCCGGUCCAAGCCAUAGAGAUUUCCCACGUGGCCAGCCUCAAGCCCAGACACAGACACCGCCACAGAGACAGAAACACAGCAUCUUCAAGCCUCCUCCCCAAAACCAACACCCCCCUGGACAGCCCUACCCCUCCCACAGCCAGCGAAGACUACCCCAGUGCUCUCCUGUUCACCUCAGUCACCCCGUCCCCCUGUCCCCUACGUCCGCACCUGGACCAGGACAGCCCAGACCACCUACUCCCCCUCCUCACCGAGGCCUGCCUCCCCAUGGACCAGGACAGCCCAGACCACCUGCUCCACCUCCUCACCGAGCGCUGCCUCCGCCUGGACAAGGGCAUGCCCACAGCCACACCCAGGCUCCGCCCAGAGGGGCAUCGUUUCGCAGUGAGCCACCGGAACAUAACUCCUGCAGGAUGGUCUUGGUGAGGCAGUGUGUGUGUGGGGGGGCAUUGAGCGAGGAUGGUCUGACUCUCUUUGAUAUUGUACCUGAAUGA